AUGGAAAUCGAGGCGAAGGAGCACACGAAUUUGAUGCUGAAGGAACUGGCCGAGUUGAACCAAAAGUUGUCCGUGGGAGCAAACGACCUGAUGAAGUCGGCCCUGUACAGCAAUUUGGAGUGCUGCGAGAGACUGGUGGCGAAGCGGCACAACAUCAAAGCCAAGACGGAGCCUCACGGGGCCACCGUGUUGCACUUUGUCGCGUUGAACUUUGAGCACGGAGUGGAACUGGCCCAUUUCUUCAUUUCCGAAGGCUUGGAUGCGACCACGCUGGACGUGGACGGCGAGACGCCGAUCGACUACGCCAUCAGGGCCGUCAACCUGAGGGUUGCCGUGGAGAUGCUCAAGGCCCAGAACCUCGGCUACAACCUGCUCGACUACUGCGUGAUGCGGAACAACCUGGAGUUCGCGGAAAAGGUGCACAGGCACAUGCCAGGACUAAUCAACGAAUUCAACUUCGACGGGAGGAACGCUCUGCACGUGGCGGCGCAGGUUGCCGACGAGGAUAUGUGCAUGUGGCUGAUCGUGGAGGGGGGCGUCGACGCCAGGCGUUUGUGCAGGGACAAGAUGUGCACCAGCCUGCACUACACCAGCUACAACACCAAGCACGGCACCGUCCUGGCCGAUUUGUUCAUUUCCGCCGGCUGUGACGUGAACCAGGCGGACAAAAACGGCUGGACGCCCCUCUGCUACGCCCUCAUGGCCGAGAACUUCAGUGUGGCCAAGAUGCUCGUGGACCGUGGAGCCAAGGUGCGUGUCAAUAUUAACCAAGCAGAUCUGAUGCAAGUGUGUGCUGUGGCGAAGAAACUAAACAGCGCCAAAUAUUUGCACUCUGUCGACAGUUAUCUGAUUGACAGAGCGAUUAAACAUGCUUCAAACAAUGGACGCACUGAAAUCCGUCAAUGGCUGCUGGAGCAGUACAACAACAUUACUGAUCAUGUGCAAAAAUUCACAUGCGAUGAAUGUCCUUACGAAUCGUGA